ACGACGCGCCGCGCGCGUUCGCCCCGCGGCACAACCGGCACCAUCACGCACGGCGCGCUAGUAUACGGCGGGGUCGGCGGCCCCGGGCUUUGCCCGCAGGGCCCUGACCUCCCGCCUCUGGAGCUCGGCUUUCGCGGCAGCUGGAGGGAUGACGAACUCCUGCCCUCCACUCCCGCGAGCCAGGCCGCCUCGACCCAGAGCGGCAGCUCCGCGACCGAUAAAGGACAGAAUGUGGAAUGCGUCGUUUGUGGAGACAAGUCCUCUGGGAAACACUACGGCCAAUUCACGUGUGAGGGAUGCAAAUCCUUCUUCAAGCGGUCAGUGCGAAGGAACCUGACGUACUCCUGCCGAGGAAACAGGAACUGUCCCAUCGACCAGCACCACAGGAACCAGUGCCAGUACUGCCGGCUCAGAAAAUGCCUCAAGAUGGGCAUGCGGCGAGAAGGUGAGUCAUUUUAUCAUCGAACUGAAGUGAAGUAA